AUGCACAGUUGUCGAUAUCAGGGCCUUCGGAGUGACCUCAACUCAUCCGAGGAGCAGGACUUGACAGAUGGGUCAAUUCCUGCCUUGCACUCCCCGUUGACGCGACCCGGUAUUCUUAUUUCACACACGGACGAGCCACUUCCACUUUCGAGAGAUCACCUCCCCGUUCCUGAUUCUACGCCUAAUAGCUCUUCGCCAAGUUCACUAUCUUAUUACUCUCCAAGUGUUAACAGAAGUGGAGAUUUGGGACUGGAUUCGUGUUCUCCUGGGAUCCUCGAUGCGACAGAACUCGAUCUCUUGAGCCACUAUCUCACGCAUACUAGCCAAAUUAUACCUUUCGACAAUCUCGAUCUCUACGCCCUUUCCGUAGGAAUGCCAAAUCUGGCGUUCAACAGCAAGCCCGUUAUGUCUUCAUUGAUAGCCUUGGCAGCAGCAUGCAAGACUCAUGAUAUAGUCAAGCAAGCCCAGAUGUCUCUGGACGGUCAAACCCUGAUGGAGGUCCGGGAACUACUUGUACUUGCAGAAUGUCAUCACGGGGCAUCCCUCCAGCACAUACAACAAGCAGUGCUGAGCUCUGAUUGGUAUGAUAACAUUCUCGCGAAUGCGGCGUUGAUGGUCUUGUACGCCUCUGCAAGCCAUUCCAUCCGAGUACGCCUCGCGGCGAUCGCAAAACGCAGCGGCCAGCAGCUCCCAAAUGAUGUGCUUCCGCAGCACUCACAAUGGAUCUCCUUCACACGCGCAGCUCAUACAGCAAGCACCGCAGUCCUCAAAGGCAUCUUCGACGCUAAUAGACAUCGAUCUGCCACCAUCAGCCCACCUAUGUUUAUACCACCCGAAUUACCAGAGAAGUUACUAACGCCACAGAACGGCCCGUCUGAUAAAAUCGGCCGUCUCUUUCUCCCUUUAGUCGCAUCUACAUACGGUCGAGCCUUUGAGAAUCUACGCAGGAAAAUUGAAAGUACUGCAGCUUGUUUUGAAGGAAGAGAGAUACCUGCUCUCCGCCAGCUAGAGCUCGACGCUUGUUCGAAGACUUUACUUUUUCUUGAGGAAUGUGCAUCCGCCAGCCUAUCUACAAGAGAGGUUCCGGUGGAGGCGGAGGUCUCCGGAAAUCAACCCAUCCUAUUUGAUGAAUUUUUUAAAGUCUCGCCAUGGCUUGGAAGGUACAUGGUCAGUGUCACAUCAAUAACAUCACCAAGGGCACUUCGACGAACAAUCAUGUCCUUUUUGAACAAAGCGCCAGCAGAGUUCCUCAGCCUCAUCCAGUCCGUGCUAGAUUCAUCAUUUGCCGAAGUGAGUGCCGAAUCUUGGAUGGCACGGGGCUCACCCAGCCGUGAGAUACCGUCACUCCGUGCUACACAGCUACUAGCCCUGGACAUCUUUGCUCAUUGGUUGGUUCUUGUCAUGUUACUAGAUGGCGUAUGGUGGAUUGGCGAUAUUGGACAGUGGGAACUGGGUCAGGUGGUGUGUUUGAUGAAAAGCAAGGGCCUUCUUCAUCUGUCGGGUGGGACUGGCGAAACAUGGUGGCCCGAAAGCAUGUACUCGGUCAACAUGGAGCUCACCCCCAAUGUCGACCCUGCAGGAUGGGGGUGA